GAAACACAGAAGAAGAACGCAGUAUCAAGACUACAGAAGAAGAACGAGAAGAAACCAUGGGAGCAACCCGUUCCCUACUCAACGUCUGCAAUAUGUAAUUUUUCCGAAGCGGACACCAUCCACCAAAAAGAAGAAGAAGAAGCUUAACCUCAUUUCAUUCUUUAAAAAAAGGCCCCGUUUGUCCUUUAAAAUAUUGUAUAAGUAGUGCAUCAAUUGAUCUCAAUGCUUGCUUCAUUGAACUUAGUCAUGGACAUGCUAUCAAUAUACUAAUGUCUAUAGACUUCGCUGGUGUUUGAAGUAAAAUGAUAGUCUCUCUUUAUUUUUCAUUGUAGUUAUUUGUACAAAACAAUUGUGUGAAUAGACAUCACGGCUCUUUGUGUAAGAAAUAUUGAUUGGACGAUCUUGAAUUCUGUAACCAAUCGUAUUAUAUAUAACCAACGAUAUCUACUUCCGGAAGCCAUGCGAAUUAUUGACGACAGGAAGUCACUAAGUUAUUUUAUUUGUACGCUUGUUAUGUGCAUAAUUUUGUUGCAUUGUUGACUUUUGUUAUAUUGAUAAUUAUGUCUUUGUCAAGAAGAGAAUCUGAUGAUUUUAGAUACUUGUUAGAAAAAUCCGUCAAAAAGUUCAUAGGAUUUAGUGAACCCACGCUGGUUACAGCAGCAUUCGAUUGCAUUGACCGUGGUUAUGAUAGAAGAAAAACAGUCGACAAGCUCACAGCAAUACUUGACAACAACCAAGCAACAAAAUUUACUGAUAUUGUCCACGAACUCUAUGAAGACUUUAGAAUUGGUAGCAGAGGUAGAAGUAAGAAACGUAAAGAUGAUAGAGAUGAUGAAAAUGAUAAUAAACGCCGCAGAAAGUUCAAGAUGUUAUUGUAUGUUUUAUAUUUGCAGGAUGAUGAGGCACCAGUUAAUGUGCCUGCUCCAGGUAACCCUAGCCCUGGUCAGCUCACAACUGAUAAGAUUAAAGAAAUGAUGGCUAAUGCUCAGAAGUUGAUUCAGGAAAGGAAAACUCAAAUCCAAGCUACUAUACCUACAAAAUCUUUAGCUACUAUUCAGCCCGACAAUACCACCAAAGUGUUCAUGAAUGAUGUUGCUUCAAAGGCAAAGAGAGCAGCAGAUUUACAGGCACAGAUCCAAACCAGAUUAUCAGGCAUGCAGGGUCUUGGACCUGUUACACCAGCUGCUCAAAGUAUCCCACUUGAUUCCAAACCAACCUUGAUUUUAAAUGAUCAAGGUCAAACGAUUGAUGCAGUGACGGGUCAGCCUGUUCAACUAUCAUUACAUACCCCAACACUCAAAGCUAAUAUCCAGGCUAAAAGAAGAGAACAGUUUAAAGGUUUGAUAGAUAAACCACCAGAGGAAAUAAGUGAAAGUAAAUUUUUUGAUUCAAGAGUAAGCGGUAAAGGUGCUUUUAGACCAAAACGUUCAUUUAAGUUCAAUGAGAAGGGAAGAUUUGAGCAAUUAGCCAAUAGGUUGAGGACUAAGGCACAACUGGAAAAGCUUCAAAAUGAGAUUGCCCAAGCUGCUAAGAAGACUGGUAUUGCUUCUGCUGCUAAACUAGCAACAAUUGCUCCAAAAAAGGAUAUGAAAGAAGGAGAAGUGCCUGAUAUAGAGUGGUGGGACUCUUUUAUUGUUAACUGUGAACAUUAUGAUAAUUUAGAUUUAAAAGAUGAUCAAGUUUUAACAGGUGUGACUAAUCUGGUAGAACAUCCAAUUCAAAUGAAACCUCCAGCUGAACCCACAAAUGAAAUUGCAAUUCCUGUGUACCUCACAACAAAAGAAAGAGAAAAGUUGCGGAGACAAAAUAGAACAGAAAGUCAAAAAGAAAUCACUGAGAAAAUAAGACUUGGAUUAAUGCCACCACCUGAACCCAAAGUAAGAAUGGCCAAUUUGAUGAGAGUAUUAGGGCAGGAAGCUGUUCAGGACCCAACCAAGAUAGAGGCUCAUGUCAGAGCACAGAUGGCAAAGAGAGAAAAGGCCCACGAAGAAGCAAAUGCAGCUCGAAAACUAACAGCAGAGCAGAGAAGAGAGAAAAAAAUAAAGAAAAUCAAAGAAGACACAUCUCUGGGAGUUCAUGUAGCUGUCUAUCGUGUGAGAGAUUUAAAAAAUCCAGCCAUUAAAUUUAAGGUAGAAGCAAAUGCUAAUCAGUUGUUUAUGACUGGAAUUGUUGUGUUAUAUAGAGACUGUAAUGUAGUUGUUAUAGAAGGUGGGCCUAAACAACAGCGAAAAUUUAAAAGACUUAUGUUAAAUCGUAUCAAGUGGCAGGAUGAUAAAAAACGAAGUAAGGAUCAAGAUGGUAGUGAUGGAGAAGAUGAUGCUGAUAAAUUGAAUAAAUGCUUUUUGGUUUGGGAGGGCACAGUGAAAACAAGGAGUUUUUCAGACAUUAAAUUUAAAGCAUGUCCUACUGAGACAUUUGCGAGAGAACAGUUUAAGAAAUUGGGUGUUGAACAUUAUUGGGAUUUAGCUUACAGUGGAGCUGUCCUAGAAUCUACU